AUGCGGAUUUCCCAGCCAAGCGAGCGGGCCACUAUCGAGUUCCGUCAAUUUCCAGGUGGUGACUUCAACCAGCCACUGCUGAUCUGGGGCUGGGUAAAGUUCCUAGGGCUUUUGGUGACCCAUGCCUGUGCUUGUGCACACAGCGGGACCGGCGCAGAGGUGCCGACAGAAGGCUCUGAAGAGGAGCUUAAGCGGUUCCUUCAGCUUUCUACAGAUAGCCUUCUUGUCGCCUGGUUCCGGGAUCUGCGAAACCGCCUGCCGAAGGCAAGUGUUUCAUUGCAACGCAUGAAGAACGAGUGGAGCCGCCUUUGGGUCGCCUGGACACACGCUGCCGGCCAGCUUCCCGAGGACGUCUCAGCGUCUGCAGCAGCGGUCCUGCGGUCCGCACGUGCCUGGCGGCGGCUCUUCCAAGCGGCCACAGGCAUGAAGGCGAUUUUUCCGUCGACGGAUCCCGUCUGGCAGCCUCUUUCCCAGCGCCUCAGCGAGUGUGAAGUGUACAUGCAGCACCUGUACAUGGCCUUGGCACAACACCUGAGAUGCCAUGUGCGAUUUUUGCGAGCGGCGGAGGAGGUGAGUAGAUUCGGUUCGCUCUCCACGGUUGUGUACACUGUGCUUUCAGAUGGCCGCCUGCGUAGAAGCAGCACGGAGAUGAGAGAGCUGCAAGCUACCGUGCUUGAGUCUUUGGGAUGGAGCGCAUGCCCAUCAGAACUCUCAGCCGAAAUUGCACAAUUAGGCAGGCAAGGUGCGGAGCUCACUCUCGACUACACGAAGAACCUUUUGCAGCAGUGCGAGACGGCCUGUGGGUCAUCAGCUUCAAGGCAACUCUGCGAAAUCCAGGACGAUCAGCCCUUGCAGAGAUCGGAGGCUUGGACAGGGAUUCAAGAAGUCAAAGAAGGAGCAUCACGCAUGCCACAUUUGCACGUAUGGCGCGUGUACCAUGAGCUCUGCAGUUGGCUGCUGCUUCCGCGUGUGGACGAGGUGACGCACGUUUGGGCAGGCUUGGCCCAGCGUGGCUGGGACUCUGCCCGUGUGGAUGCUCUUUGGGUUCGGAUACAAUCACACACUCAUCCCGCUGCCCGAGAGAGAGCAAUGGCUUGGUUUAAAGAGAGGUCUCUGCGCGCGAAGAAAAGCAGCCAGGAGUACACCCGAGCCUUGCUCCCGAGUCCCCUCUGA